AUGACGAUAUUACUGCCCUUCCCCACCCCAAAUUCUAUCUACGCCCUAUUGACUAUCAAGGAUAACAAAACUAACUCCCUUACAAUUUUAAACGAAUUUAUAAAUCUGAAGAGUUUUGACAUGAUUCAAUUAACCUCCUGGAUGAAUCAAAGUAUGGAUCCGUGCACAGAUUUUUACGAAUUCGCCUGCGGUGGUUACAUCCAAAAAACUUCCAUUCCAAGCGGUUAUAAUCGAUGGGAUCAAAUAAGCGCAAUUUCAGAAUCGAUACUUUUAACUAUAAAAGAUAUAUUAGGUGAUUAUUCAUCAUCAAAAGGGAAAAACAAAUGGUUGGGUAGAGAAAUAAUAAUGUCAGAAUUAUCUUGUGUUAGAAUUAAAAAUCCUCAUACAAAAUACGAAGCAAGGGCCGAGAGAUUGGCCAAGACAUAUUACGAUUCUUGUAUGGAUAAGAAUAUUAUUAGAGAAAAAUUGGGAGGAAAGCCAUUAACCGAUCUAUUAGACCUAUAUGGAGGUUGGGAUGUGCUGAACGUGGAUAACAAGCCUUCCCCAUUCAUAGAUGAAUCUUCCAACUUAAAGAAAGACCCCAAAAACUCUUCCAAAUACAUACUCUGCAUCUAUCCAGGCCAAGUCGCUCCCCCAUACGAUGAUGAUUACGAGGGCAAUGCCACCUUCAUUAACCUAAAACGUUACGACGCUUAUUUAAAGUACAUGUUAAACGUUGGAAAUUUGGUGGUAACUAGUUCUGGGUUUCCUAAAGAGAGAAGACUCAAUCAACACGAUAGUAAUCUAACUCGCUACACUUUGGGCGGCGAAGAACAUCGCCAAACGCCGAUAAAUAAUCAACUUAAAACCGUUAUGUCGAACGUGCUGAAAUUUGAGGGGCACCUAUCUAACAUUACUCCAUCUUCUAUGGAUUUGGAAACUAUUGACGAGUCGAAUUACGUCCUAAUGUCGUUAAAAGAGUUGGACAACAAUUUUGAUUUCAGAGUUUUGCAUGAUUACAUCAUGUGGCACAAUGUAAAACCUCUCACACCUUAUUUGUCCAAAAAGUUCGGUGAUGCCGUUAACCCAGUUCUCAAGGCGCAUAAUAUAAAAAAUUAUGAAAAAAUACAAGCUUGGAAGAAAUGUUUAGAGAAUUUUCCCACCUUUAUGAAAUUCCCACUCAGUUCCCUCUACCUGAAAUCCAAUUUUGAUUCUUCGGAUAAAAUUAAGGUGGAAGGAAUUGUUGAUUCGUUGAAAAUGUCUUAUAAAGAUGCUUUUCGGAAUCUUGAUUGGAUGGAUGAAACUACGAAGAGUAGAUCUAUGGAAAAAGUAGAUGCGAUAAAUGUCAAAAUUGGUUAUCCGGAAUACAUCGUGGAUUCCAAAGAACUGGACAAAGAUUACGAAGGAGUUGAACACAAAAUAAAUAUAAUGGCAUAA